CCCCUGAGGGAGGGCGGUUGCCUAGCAACGGGGCGGUGGCUCGGCGGGUACCCGGCCUAGGGGAGCGCGAGCUGUAAGCGAGGCCUCAGCCCACCCACCCGGGGCUCCAACGCGUAGCGGCCUCCCGCCCUGGAGCCCUGCAGGGGGCUCCAGGAGGCCGCCUUGGGCCGGUUCUCAAGAAAACGAGGUCUCCGCUGUGGGAGCCUCAACCCUUCUUCCUGGCCAGUGGCGGGGCUCAGCGCCUCCCUCUCACCCCGUCUUUGUGCGGGGUGCCGGCGGCCAUUGUGUCCGGGAACGGAAUGGAGGACCUGGCAGUCCCCCAGUGCUAUGUCCAGAGCCUUUGGGGAAUUCAAAGACAACUAGCGGUGUUUGUGGGGGGUCUCCAGCAUACUCUUCUUGGAAAGGCCCGGGAGUGGUCUUUCCGAAAUCAGAUCGCAGAUCCGAGGCCGUCUCCCCCUCCCCGCGUCCCUGCGCGAAACCUUGAGGUUCACUGAGAAGUCCCUUUAGGGUUUCGGAAGCUUCAUCCAGGGCUGGUACUUAAAUAGAAAGAAAGGAGGGGUGGGGGGAAAUUACACUAAACCCAUACCUCCGGGAGAGUUCUCCUGGCUCCCAGUAGGAGGCGAGAGCCAAGGGGCGUGCUAGAGCGAGGGGGUUGGGCUCCCGGGUGGCUGGAGGCUGCGGAGCAGAGAGGCCGCCCUCGAUCUGGGCGAUGGAGGAAGCAAGCGAGGGGGCAGGUUCCUAAGCUUCGCAAUUCCUCUGGCCUGCCUACCAGGUCGCAUGAUCCCGGCCAGGGCCGGGGCUUUUUGCUGAGUUACCGGCGACCCAGCCACCACCUCCUCCCGACCUAUGAUACAAAAGACCUUCCGGGGGCUGCACCUGCUUGCUGUCGCCGGAGAUAGAUUUGAAUCUCUUUCUCUCUCUUCAGAACCCUAUCUUGGCUUUGGAUCCUGGAAGAGAAUCGCUAAACACAGAGCAGACCCAGUGAGUGAGCAGGUGUUUUGGACAAUGGACUGGUUGAGCCCAUCUCUAUUAUAAAAAUGUCUCAGAGCAACCGGGAGCUGGUGGUUGACUUUCUCUCCUACAAGCUCUCCCAGAAAGGAUACAGCUGGAGUCAGUUUAGCGAUGUCGAAGAGAACAGGACUGAAGCCCCAGAAGGAACUGAACCAGAAAGGGAGACCCCCAGUGCCAUCAAUGGCAACCCAUCCUGGCACCUGGCGGAUAGCCCCGCGGUGAAUGGAGCCACUGGCCACAACAGCAGUUUAUAUGCGCGGGAGGUAAUCCCCAUGGCAGCAGUGAAGCAAGCGCUGAGAGAGGCUGGCGAUGAGUUUGAACUGCGGUACCGGAGAGCAUUCAGUGAUCUAACAUCCCAGCUUCAUAUAACCCCAGGGACAGCAUAUCAGAGCUUUGAACAGGUAGUGAAUGAACUCUUUCGGGAUGGGGUAAACUGGGGUCGCAUUGUGGCCUUCUUCUCCUUUGGCGGGGCACUGUGCGUGGAAAGCGUAGACAAGGAGAUGCAGGUAUUGGUGAGUCGGAUUGCAAGUUGGAUGGCCACCUACCUGAAUGACCACCUAGAGCCUUGGAUCCAGGAGAACGGCGGCUGGGUAAGAACCACGCCCCUUGUGUGUCCGCCCCUUGUGUGUCUCUCCUCUGUGGAGAUCCCUAACUGCCCUUUUUGGUCUCCUGGCAUGGUUGUUGAAGAUAUCGAUUAUUCAGGAGACCUUCCUGGCUUCAUUUUAAUACCAGGGGUUAACUUUGGGAAUAUUGAUGACCCUGUUUUUAAGGAACCUGUAUUUUUCAUUCUGGCUACCCUUGUGGCCCCACAGUUUCAUAGUUUUGUUCCAAUUUCUCGGCAAAGAAAAACAGCCUGUGUGUUUACUUGGCUUAAAACCUAGGAGAGUAGCAAGUUCUCCCUGUGUUCUGCUCACUCUCACGUAAUGGGUCACCUUGGCCUGGGGGGAGGAACAUAAUACCUGGAGGAACUGCAGAGCUGAUAACCCCAGGCUCCUGUGUGCUCGCAUGCAUGCUAUUCAGACCAUUUGGUCAGGCAGGAGCCCCACUGGCUUGACUGGCUGAAUAUUGUCUGAUUUUAGAGAGGGUGGUCUGAGCCAAUUGUGUUUGUGCUGUGCCCCUAAGUUCAUUUUCGCCAUGGUUGACUUGUUUGGGGAGCCCUUGCUGUGCCCCAGGACUUUGUACCUCACUGCCCUGGAUCGGUUGGGGAUCUCCAGCUGCUCUGCCCAGUGUUUUUCUGCUCAGGGCCCUGGGGCCUCUUUACUGAAGCACUGUUUGCUGCUGGCAGAGCACAAACCCGGUCUGUGAGGCUCCAUAGGAAAUUAAGAUUUGGUGACAGACUGGAUGUGGGUGUGAGUCCUGACCCUGUCACUUAACUGGCCAUGUGACCUUGGUCAGGCUGACUUACCUUCUGGGGCCUCAGCUUCUCACAGACUGUUGUGACUCUUAAAGAUAAUCGAGCAGAGGCUGACACCAGUGAGUGCCUUUUCUUCUGCUCACCCUUGUGCUUACCAGGGUGAGAUAGAGGUGAGAAUGCCCUUACUGUUGACCACUGUGGUAGGCAUUUACCGUUUGGAGGGAACUCCAUUCUGGAAUAGGGGAGAAUGCGACUUCUGAGAUGUAUUCUGUCCCCUCAACAUGUAGAGAAUGGACAGACUGGAAAAUAAGUCAUCCAUUGAAGGAAGUGAGGUGGAAGGGGCCAUGCACCAUGGACUCCGGAAUGUCAAGAAUUUGGUUGUUCCUAGGCUGGGUCUAGGGCGGGGCAAGAGACCUCCUGGGUUUGCCCUGGGACCCCAUCCUGUCUCUAGUUUCCCAUUUCUUUGAAACUUCACCCCUCUUCUCUCCAGUAGCUCUUGUAAAGGCAAGGAGGUCACUUGUCAGUAGAGGUCAGAUGACCAGCGUAGAGUUGGCUGAGGUAGAGGUGGGUUCCCUUGAGCUAAGGAUUGCCAGACUUGAAAGCCAAUCUGUAAAUGAACUCCCUGGGGAGAUAAAUGAUUAAAUAGUUCCUGUUGGUUUGUGCUGUGACCUCUUCUAUUCAUUCUCUCUUGCUUUGAUUCUCUUUUGGGGCAAAUAUUUGUUCAGCUGAUUAUAGGAGGGACAGAAUUCCAGCGCUUCAGACACACCCUCUGAAGCAUCUCCAAGUAGACGUGGGCCUUUGCCUCUGUGGCGUGCAGCCUGCCUUUAGCUGACUGAGUGGUCCUAACAACAGGUAGGGUCUUGCCAGCUACAAACAGUAGUCACAUGGAGGAGGCCUGCUGGGCCAGGGAGCCUCUUGUCUGCAGAGGCUGAGGGACCUGAGGACUGCCAGCUGCCCCAUGUCUUGUUCCAAUCACCUGGAAAAAAUGCUAAACCUACCUAAGGCAGCAGCUUGGGGGCAAAUUCAUUAGCUCUCCACUGAUUAAAAUUCCACCUUCCAAUGUCUCCUCACUCAAGAAUCUCCAGAGCCUGUUGGGCAACAUACCUGGUAACCUGCCACUUGCGCUUGGUAAGCAGAGAAUGUGUGCAGAAGAGCGGGUUAUGGCAGAACCAUUUCUUCCUCUGAGAUGGGGUGGGGGGGCCAAGGAACAUUGCACUUGGUGUUAUUUGAGCCCUGGUAGAUGCCUGCCCAUGUCCUUUUAGGUACAGUCUCCUCAGAGCUGCGCAGAUGCUGCUGCAGUGGCAUCCCCUAACUGCCCUGAAGGCUGCAGCUAUAAAGUCUUAGAAUUCAAGUAGUCCACUCAGGGUACGCUCCGGAUUAGCAUUCCUUUAGGAAAGGGUAAAGAACUUUGCCUUUCUUGUACCUUGAGUACUUCAUGUGUUUUAUCUUUUACUUAAUGAAGCAAAUUUACUGAACAGCUACUAUAAGGCAAGCAGUGUGCUAGGGCUAGCUUAAGCUAGACACUAUCUCUCCAUCAUGGAAAUAUGUGGUCAUGCAUAUGUUCCAAACAGUAACUUUCCAAGGUAGGUGAACUUAUUCCCAGGUUGUACACGAAGCUCCCAGUGGCUAAAUGACUGAGCGUAAAUGUUUCUCCGCCGACGUAGUAUCUUAAAUUGAGGUUGGCCUGAUUUCAGAGUCCAAACUCUUCCUUCCAUGCCUUGUUGGGGAAGUAAUAAUCCAGACAGAUGAGCAUAGACGCUCGGCUACUGUGGGGCUGAGAAAAGCCUGUCUGUAGAAGGUACUCAUUCCAUGCUGCAAUGGUAGCAUUGUUCAGGUAUCUGAGAACAGUGCCCAAAUGUGUGGACACCUCCAAUUGUAGUACCAGUAAAACUCAAGCACGGCAAGUGUAGAGUGGCAUCAGGAGUUUGCCCAGUCACGAUGGGCUUCUUGUUAGUGUUUUCCUUGUCAGUCAUUGAGAGUGGCAUGUGUGCAAGGAGACAGAUGGCCUGCUCUAGAAUCUCUGUCAAUUGUAGGGUGAUGCUCUAAGGAUUGGAACUCCAGCCUCUGGCCAUAACACUGCCAGCCUGCCUGAGUCACCUGGGAAGAUGUCUACCUGUUUGUGUCUCUUGUCUUUUGUCUCUCCUACCUGUAAAAUCGAAUAAUGAUACCCAACUGCCAGAAUAAAAGCCCUUCCCUAACCUUAAUUGUAGGGUGGAUGCACUUCUUCCCCAGAAUGAGCUUCCUCCCUCAAGGCUCUGAACUUUACCCCCUGGAGUUACACCUUAGGAAACAGCCUGUUCACUGAGACCUAGGCCUCAUGGGAUGAAACUCUUUUGGGGUUUUUUACUUUGAAUGUGGGUGAGGCUCCAAGUGGGCCAGUCACUUUGGUUUAACCAGCCCUGGAGAUACCCUUUGCCCAAUGGAAACACCAUGGUUAGGAACAGUGAACAAGUGGUACUGGGGAGAGCACCUAACUUGGCCUUUCCCAAGCUGCAGCUCUCUUACCUGUUCUGGCUUCUUCAGUGUAAUAGAGAGAUGGACUGUGCUUAGCUGAAGCACAUCAGCUCCAUUUGCAAAUUCGGCAGUUCUGUGGUUUUCUUGGGGGAAGCCCCAUCAGAAACCCCAACACCGAAAUUCUUAGUAAUCUCAUUCAGGUCUCCAAAUGAAGUAAAGUGUCUCAGGGGCUCCCCCCUGGACACCUACUUCUUUUCGGUGUCCCUUUUUGGGUGGCUCUUGAAACUCCUUUGCCAUCGUAGGGUUUUCCAGACUCCCUAAAGCAACAUCCCCAGCAGCCACACGGAGCUCCUCGUCUUCUGCUUGAGAAUUACCCAGGUAUUUUUAGGGGGCCCCAGUGGAACCUGGAGGAGUUUCUUGACUUUCUUGUGGGCAACCACCAAUUUUGUUUGGGCUGUGUGAAGCAGUAUUAUUAGCUGAACCCC